CGACCGUGCAGCCGGCAGGACGGCGGUGAGUUGACGCGCGUGGAAUUGGGGAUGGCGGUCUGUGGGGCCCCGGCGGGCCGGCCAGAGAGCGGAACCGUCUGGCCUGUAGCCUUCGUCCUCAGUUAAGGAAAUGACCAACCAGUACAGUAUUCUCUUCAAGCAAGAGCAAGCCCAUGAUGAUGCCAUUUGGUCAGUCGCCUGGGGGACAAACAAGAAAGAAAACUCUGAGACAGUGGUCACAGGAUCCCUGGAUGACCUGGUGAAGGUCUGGAAAUGGUCUGAUGAGAGGCUGGACCUGCAGUGGAGCCUGGAGGGACACCAGCUGGGUGUGGUGUCUGUGGACAUCAGCCACACGCUGCCCAUUGCCGCAUCCAGUUCGCUCGAUGCUCACAUCCGCCUCUGGGACUUGGAGAACGGCAAACAGAUAAAGUCUAUAGAUGCAGGACCUGUGGAUGCCUGGACUUUGGCCUUUUCUCCUGAUUCCCAGUAUCUGGCCACAGGAACUCAUGUGGGGAAAGUGAACAUUUUUGGUGUGGAAAGUGGAAAAAAGGAAUAUUCUUUGGACACAAGAGGAAAAUUCAUUCUUAGUAUUGCAUAUAGCCCAGAUGGGAAGUACCUGGCCAGUGGAGCCAUUGACGGGAUCAUCAACAUUUUUGAUAUUGCAACUGGAAAGCUCCUGCACACGCUGGAAGGCCACGCUAUGCCCAUCCGCUCCCUGACCUUCUCCCCGGACUCCCAGCUCCUUGUCACUGCUUCAGAUGACGGCUACAUCAAGAUCUAUGACGUACAACAUGCCAGUCUGGCCGGCACACUGAGCGGCCACGCGUCGUGGGUGCUGAACGUUGCCUUUUGUCCCGAUGACACACACUUCGUUUCCAGUUCAUCCGACAAAAGUGUGAAAGUUUGGGACGUUGGAACGAGAACGUGUGUGCACACCUUCUUCGACCACCAGGAUCAGGUCUGGGGAGUAAAAUACAACGGAAAUGGCUCAAAAAUUGUGUCCGUGGGCGAUGACCAGGAAAUCCAUGUCUACGAUUGCCCUGUGUAAACGCCACUCUCAGACCGGUGUGUACAUCGUGACAUUCCUUAACCUUUCUAGCAUUUAUUGGAGCAGAAACCUAAAUUUUGUAGAUACAGAUCAGUCUUUUCAUGUUCUAUUAGAAAUGCUGUUCGUGCUCGAACAUAAAGUGUUCAUAACACAAA